GCCCCGCCCUUCCGGAUAGAGAUGGCGAUAGGUGUUGUAAAGGCGAGUUGGGAAGACCACUUUCCUUUCCUGGUGGGGGGAUUACAACAAAGCCGAGGAUGGGUGGUUAGAAAGCCAGCGCCCACCCCCAAGGGAUAGCUCGCAGGCCUGUUGCGUCUCAGUCACCGUCUUCCACCUAUUUGUUCAGUUUGACAUUUCCUGAGAAAUGCAGGCAGUAGUUCAGAUGGAACCGAAGAUUCCGAUUUUUCUACAGAUCUCGAGCAUACAGACAGUUCAGAGAGUGAUGGCACCUCGCGCCGAUCUGCCCGAGUCACCCGCUCCUCAGCCAGGCUAAGCCAGAGUUCCCAAGAUUCCAGCCCUGUUCGAAAUUUGCCGUCUUUCGGCACUGAGGAGCCUGCCUAUUCUACCAGAAGGGUGACCCGUAGUCAGCAGCAGCCCACGCCAGUGACUCCAAAAAAGUACCCUCUUCGACAGACUCGCUCAUCUGGCUCUGAAACGGAGCAGGUGGUGGACUUUUCAGAUAGAGAAACUAAAAAUACAGCUGAUCAUGAUGAGUCACCACCUCGAACUCCAACCGGAAAUGCACCUUCUUCUGAGUCUGACAUAGACAUCUCCAGCCCCAACGUGUCUCAUGAUGAGAGCAUUGCCAAGGACAUGUCCCUGAAGGACUCAGGCAGUGAUCUCUCUCACCGUCCCAAGCGACGUCGAUUUCACGAAAGCUACAAUUUCAACAUGAAGUGUCCUACGCCGGGCUGCAACUCUCUAGGACAUCUUACAGGAAAGCACGAGAGACAUUUCUCCAUCUCAGGAUGCCCGCUGUAUCAUAACCUCUCAGCUGACGAAUGCAAGGUGAGAGCACAGAGCCGGGAUAAGCAGAUAGAAGAAAGGAUGCUGUCCCACAGGCAAGAUGACAACAACAGGCAUGCAACCAGGCACCAGGCACCAACAGAGAGACAGCUGCGGUAUAAGGAAAAGGUGGCUGAACUCAGGAAGAAAAGAAAUUCUGGACUGAGCAAAGAGCAGAAGGAGAAAUACAUGGAACACAGACAGACCUAUGGGAACACUCGGGAGCCUCUCUUGGAAAACCUGACAAGUGAAUAUGACUUAGAUCUUUUCCGAAGAGCACAAGCCCGGGCUUCUGAGGAUUUGGAGAAGUUAAGGCUUCAAGGCCAAAUCACAGAGGGAAGCAACAUGAUUAAAACAAUUGCUUUUGGCCGCUAUGAACUGGACACUUGGUACCACUCUCCCUAUCCUGAGGAAUAUGCGAGGCUGGGACGUCUCUACAUGUGUGAAUUCUGCUUAAAGUACAUGAAGAGCCAGACAAUCCUCCGCCGACACAUGGCCAAGUGUGUGUGGAAACACCCCCCUGGUGAUGAGAUUUAUCGCAAAGGCUCCAUCUCUGUGUUUGAAGUAGACGGCAAGAAGAACAAGAUCUACUGCCAAAACCUCUGCCUUUUGGCAAAGCUUUUUCUGGACCAUAAGACGCUAUACUAUGAUGUAGAACCUUUCCUGUUCUACGUUAUGACAGAAGCGGACAAUACUGGCUGUCAUCUGAUUGGAUAUUUUUCUAAGGAGAAGAAUUCAUUUCUCAACUAUAAUGUCUCGUGCAUCCUCACCAUGCCUCAGUACAUGCGACAGGGCUACGGGAAGAUGCUGAUCGAUUUCAGUUAUUUACUUUCCAAAGUAGAAGAGAAAGUCGGCUCUCCAGAGCGCCCACUGUCAGACCUGGGGCUCAUAAGCUACCGCAGCUACUGGAAGGAGGUACUGCUCCGAUACCUGCACAACUUCCAGGGCAAGGAGAUCUCCAUCAAAGAAAUUAGCCAGGAAACAGCUGUGAAUCCCGUGGACAUUGUCAGCACUCUGCAAGCCCUUCAGAUGCUCAAGUAUUGGAAAGGCAAGCACCUAGUUUUAAAGAGACAGGACCUGAUAGAUGAGUGGAUAGCCAAAGAGGCCAAAAGGUCCAACUCCAACAAAACCAUGGAUCCAAGCUGCUUAAAAUGGACCCCUCCCAAGGGCACUUAAAGUGACCUAUCAUUCCGAGCCAGCGAGCCCCAGCAGUAGGAAUCCGUACCCUAGGGAUCUGUCUGUCAUUUCUGUUGCUCUUGUGAUUGGCAAGUACAGUAUCCUUUGGGAAGGCCACCCCCUCAGCACUGUUCUGGCUCCAGCCUUCGUGUACACUGCAGACACUAGUUCUGAGGAACUGUUGUUUCGGCCUCAGUGAGGUUGCCUGGACGGAUCUGUAUGAGGCUCGAGUACAGAUCCCUCAUAGCACUGACCCAAGGAGUUGUGUUAUGGUACUGUACCUGUCCAGUCACUGGUUCCCACCUCAUGCUUUUUAACUCCGAGGUUUGUUGUGUCCUGACCUUUGUGCUAGUGCUUUUUCCUGCCUGGAUAGCAGACCUCCAAACAUGGUUGCCACCAAAGGGCCCUUUCCAGUUACUUCUAACACAUUCUUCAUGAAGGGGUGGGCAAGAGGCAGCGCCUGUGCGUGUCUGCUGGGAGGGUCCGCUCACCAUGGGUUUCAUCUCGCAGUCACUCAUUUUUCUCCCUUUUUGUCAAAAGACUUACUACCUUUGAUCAGGAUCAGGCUGCCCAGAGCUAGGAACGCCUGGCAUUUCCCAGGGGUUCACAGGCCUGGUCCAUCUGCGUGAGAUGGUGAAGCCUAAGAGGUGGUCCCAUGCUUUCCUUUGUAUUUACUUGUGGACACUGGGGCAGCAUUGUGUAGAAGGAAAUGAGGAAUUCUUUGCCACAGCAGAAAAUGCCCCCACUUUUUUUUCUGCCCCCUUUUAUGUUGGUAGUUGCCAAAAUAUUUUAACAGUCUUUUUUCAUACAUUAAAUGACCACCCUGUGGAUCUUUCCACACCUGCCUCUGCCAGUCUGGUGUAGGGCAGCUCUACUUUCCACACAAGUUGCACUGAUCUUGUCCAGAGCUUCCUGGGAGAAGUGGAAACUGGUUGAAAUGCUUGUGUUUCUCAGCCCAUGACUCAGCAAGACAGGGUGGCCACUCUGCUACGGUUUGCUUCGCUCUCAACAGUGCCUCCCUCCCCCAGCAGACUGAAGUGCUUCUGUCUAAGAACUAAGUCCAUUCCCUUUCGGGACUUGCCACCAUCAUCCUGUUCUCUGGGUUCCUAUUUUUGGUGGUGUUAAGUGAAGGAAGAAGUGUUCCCUCUAAUUUCUCCCUGUCCCAGUAUAUAACCUGCUAUCUUGGGGCAGCUUUUGAUGUCUGACAUGUCACCCUUCCCAAGUUGGUCUCUUCCAACACUGCUGUCUUCACGUGGCACCCUCUUACCACAACCCUAACUCUGGUCAUUUGUGCCUUUCUCUUGUCAUCUCUGUACACUACUAAUAUUCACUGUGGGUUGGGGAGCUGAUUUUAAGCAUGUUCAGUGGCUCCCCUCCAGUUUCAGUGUAACUGUUAAAAUGUAUCCAAAAGCCACUUCACUGGGGGUUUUCUUAAGGGGUAAAGGCCUUUUACAGAUGCUGAGCCCUCCCCACAUGUGGCAGAAUGUGCUCUUCUGUAUCUACUCAAUAAAGCAUGUUCUCUGCUCAUGUCUGACUGCUCUGAAGCUUGUUUAUAUGGGAAUGGUGUGAUUGGCUCAGCACAGUGUUAGCCCUGGGGUUUGGAGCUAUGGAUUGUUUUCCCCUGUGAAGCAGGUUGUUGACAGAGUGAGUGUUUUCUCUGAACUCACAAGCGGUAAAACAAAUUGAGUCUGCCUCCCUUUGGCUCCAGGAAGUCGCUGUGCGCAACAGCAGCUAGCUAGUGUAAUUUCAUUCAUCUGCCUCUGGUUUGGGGCCUUGUCAAGGAACCACUGGGAAGUUAGGGUGGGUUGGGGAUGCCAUGGAAGCUUGUAGGAGGCAGAACAAUGCAUUCCUUUCCUCUAAGCGUGCUCACCAGUAUCAAGCCAGGCCCUGUCUAAUCAUCAUCCAGCCCAGGUUGUGCCUCUGGAAGUAGCUGCAGUUGUUGCUUGUGUUUGCCCAGGCAGGACCAGCGGGGCGGGGCAUUGUCGUCUGGGUGUGGAAAGGGAGCUGUGUUUGCUGGGCUACUUUUGCUCACUGGCAAGGCCUCUUACUGGAGUCGGAAAAUGCAGUGGAGAAAAAUAACUGCCCUUCUGUUGAUCUUAGACCAGGGUUUGCUCAAGUCUCUGUGUUGGAACCAUUUGCAGCAGAGGGAGAUUUUGUUCUCUCAGUUUGAAGAGUGGAGAUGGGUAACAUGGACGGUAAGAAUUGAAUGCCAGGGAGGGAGAGAUGAUGGUUGCACAGUCCUGAUCCUGUCGUUGCUGGGUCUGGUUAGCCACUCAGUGGAGGCUAACUUCAUUUGUGUGUGGCAGCCUCAUGUGCGCUCAGCACUACUUCCUUUGUCCUUUGUAUUAGCUGCGUGCAGCCUGCUCGCACUGGUUAUACAGAAGGAAACCUGCAUCCUACCGCAACUGUGAACCAAGAAGCCAGAAUGCUCAUUGUACUCUGUUGUACUUGAGAAUCUGUACCACUUCUGCCAUUGCCUUCCCCAGCCAGCUUCAGUUCCCUGGUGUUUCUGCUCAUUCUUUCCCUUCGAGGCAGAUACACGCUGUUAGAAACCGUCAUGUUUCUAGAGCAGCGCUUCUCGGCGUGUAGAUGUCAAUGAGCCUUUCCCAGGGUUGCCUAAGACCACCCGGAAUAUAGAUUAUUAUAUCAUGAUCCUGAAUGAAAGCCUUGCUUCUCUUGCCUCCAAAACACGUGGUGCAGCCUGGUCUCUUAUUUCUCAUGGGAAUAGUGAGCCCUGAUGAGUCAUUUCUAGUAGUGUAGUAUGUAUGUAGUAUGUACAGUGUAGUAUGUAUGUAGUAUGUAUGCAGUAUGUGUAGUGUAGUAUGUAUGUAGUAUGUAUGCACUUUGUAGAGCAGAGAUGCUUCCUACUUGGUCUUGGCUGUCAUCAGGCCCUGUACUUCGUUCUGGUUGUAUGGCUGGGAUUAGGGACUGCUGGAAUGGACCUAUCUGUCAGGCUGGUUGCUCUAGAUCAAGGUUGGGGCUGUGGAGCAUCAUAAAAUCUGUAGAUGAAAGUGGAGCACAGUUUGCUUGUGGCACACAUAUAUCCCUUCUGGAACAUAAAACCAAUGGAAUCAGCAUUUUGAUUGCCCUUGCAAGGGUAGUUAGUGUGUCUAUUCUUAUAGCAGGUUCAAGCAGCAGAGCUCUGAGCCACCUUCUCCCUCCCCUGUUUGCUUCUGGCCUUUGUGAAGCUGAAAAGACUCAUUAGGAUUAAUUUUUGUUGUACCUAUGCAAAUAUGCACACAUUUAUUUACAGUCCAGGAAAUUGCCUUUGGAAUCUCCAGGGAUGAGCAUCCUAGAGCCUGGUUUGAGACGCCUCAGUAGUAAAGCAGGAAGCACAUUCUGGCUUCGCUGCUCUUACUCGGGACUCUGAACUGGUUUCUGGAAUGUGCUGGGAUGCAAAGAACCAAAUCCAAUGAGUGAUGAAGUAUGAAGGAGGUCUGGCUCACCGGCUGCCGGAGCCUCAUAGGGUUUGCAUGGGAAGACCUUUGCUAAAUAAUGGCAUGUAGUCUAUGCUAGGAAUUGGCUCUAACCUGGUUUUGCUUCAGGUCUUUUGGCCUCAGGCUUGCAAAUGACUGCCUCUCCCAGACUGAUGGGGGCACUGUACUUGCUCACUUCCUCUGUGGUAUCUUCAGCAAUGCCAGUGAGUGUCACUGAACUAUCGACAAGACUCAGCGGUGAGGAAAAUGUCCGACACCCCCCCCCCCCCCAAGCAAAGUCACUAUUUGUCCCUUCCCUCUCGUGCAGUGCCUUCAGUACACGUUUGGACUCCUGGCUUUGUUUACUCAUGCAUAGAACUAGAGAAAAUAACCUGGUCUGUUGAUGGCUUUGGCUCCCUGGUGCCUCCCAAGCCUUCCCCGUGAGUUGAACACUUUCUUCUUGACAAGUUACCUGCUAAUAAAGGGCCAUUUCUGGAAAUGGCUUACCUUGGA